AUGACAGAUGUGCAAGAAAAUUUUUUUAAAUCAGUAACAUUACCAAGAGAUUAUGAAGAUGUUAUGAAAAAAGUAAAGGCAUUUAAAGAUAGAGCUAUUGAAAAUAAAGCCAAAGUUAUCUUAAUUACCGUAUGUCUUUUAUUUUAUAUUACUAUUCGUUAUUUUUCUGGAGGCACCAUAGUACCAUUCGAACAAAACAUGGUUAGAUUUUUAGAUAACUUUAGUGGUGGUAAUCGUGGUGCAACAACAGCUGAAUAUUUUUUAGAGCAGGGUUAUUAUGUGUUAUUUUUAUCAAGAAAGAAUUCACUUCAACCAUUUGUUAAGAAUCUAAUGUUACAUGAUACCAACUUUUUUACUUAUUUAGGGAUUAAUAAUCAUAAUAAUCAUCACUCAAAUGGAAGUAAUAACAGAAAUUCAGUUCUAUCACCAAGUAUGGAUUUAGAUAAAAACCAUGUUUGUAUAGGUAGUGAAUAUUACUAUGAAGUUUCUAAAGAAUUUUUAAAAUGGAAAAAGUUUAUUGAAAUAGGUAGCCUUGAAAGAAUAAAUUUUGAAACAGUUGGAGAAUAUUUAUAUUUGUUUAAAGGUAUAAGCGCAGAGUUAUCAGUAUUAAAAAAGAGUUUAAUUGUUUAUGCAGCAGCAGCAGUAUCUGAUUUUUAUAUACCAUUGGAUCAUAUGGCAAAACAUAAAAUUCAAUCCAUGAACCAAUCAUUAACAAUUACAUUAGAUCCAGUACCAAAGAUGAUAAAGUUUUUAGUUGAUCAGUGGAGUCCAGAGGCAUUUAUAGUUACAUUCAAAUUAGAAACGGACAAAGAUCUUCUCGAUAGUAAAUGUAAAGCAUCACUUAAUAGCUACGGCCAUCAAUUAGUAAUAGGAAAUCUUUUACAAGACUAUAGAAAUUGGGUAGUGUUCCACUGCAAGAAUGCUGAGCCGGUAGUUAUCAAAAGAAAUGAUUCACAAAACCACGAAAUAUCUCAUUCACUUUAUCAUUCAACAGGUACUAUGACCCAUGGACACCCUAUCGAAAUUGACAUUGGUAAAAAAUUAAUAGAAUUACACAAUAGUUUUAUAAAUUCAAAUAAAUAA